AUGGGCCCUCCUCUUCCUCCUCCCUCCUCCCUGGAGUCUUUGGUCCUCCCAGCGCAGCGGCCGGCGUUCGGGCAUCAGAUGAAGGAGUAUUUUCAUUUUGAUCCCGAAUACGUGAACUUGAAUCACGGCUCCUACGGAUCUCUUCCUCGACCGGUCAGCGCGUGGUGCGGUGCUCUAUCCGACAAGAUCGAAAGGAAUCCGGAUCUGUUCAUGCGAUUAACCUAUCAGCCUAUGCUCGUCGCUGUUCGCGAAAAGGUCGCCAGUUUCAUCGGAGUCAGUAACGUAGACGAGGUGGUAUUGGUCCCGAAUGCUUCUCACGGAGUUAAUACGGUCCUGAAGAAUUUUAUCUGGGAAAAGGGGGAUGUUAUUAUUACCUGCAACACGACCUAUGGAUCCAUUUCCCGGACGGCGCAAUACAUUUCUGACAUCCCGCCGCAUCCGGAGGAAGAUAUCGUUUCUCGGUGGAGAGACCAUUUAAAAUCGGUCCGGGAACGCAUCGGAAAGAAUGCUAAAAUUGUUGCUGUUAUCGACGCGAUUAUCUCUAACCCCGGAGCUCUUCUUCCUUGGGAGGUCAUGACAGAUAUUUGCCGCGAGUUCGACAUCCAGGACAUCAAAUUGGAUGAAGUCAAGCCAGAUUUCUGGAUAAGCAAUUGUCACAAGUGGCUGUUCGCAAAGAGGGGUGCUGCGGUGUUGUAUGUUCCUAAGAGGAACCAACAUAUUGUCAAGUCGAGCUUUCCGACGUCGUCUACUUACGUCUCGCCCAAAGAUCGUACAGGACCAAAUUUUGUAGAGCAGUUCGAAUGGAAUGGGACCAUUGACUGGGCGCCCUACCUGAGUAUCGCUGCGGCGCUUGAAUUCCGCAAGUGGCUGGGCGGUGAAACCGUGAUCAACGAGCAUUGCCAUAACCUAGCGAUUGAGGGGGGUAAAACUCUCGCGAAGGUUUUGAACACGAAAGUCAUGGAUGAAGACGGACAAUUUACUGCGCAUAUGGUUAACGUAGUCAUGCCCCUUUCAGGUGACCUCAAGCCGACAUUGGAAUUAGACCAGAUGCUCAAGAAUAAGCUGCUCGUCAAACACAAUGUGUACGCCGCUCCUUAUUAUCAUAAUGGGAUGUGGUGGGUAAGGUGUAGUGCGCAGAUUUGGAAUGAGGUCGAGGAUUUCAAGAAGCUCGGGACCGCUCUCCCUGCUGUGUGCGGCGAGAUCGAGAAGGAAUAUAAAGCAAAUUGA